GAUCCGAUAUCUGGUGGAAGGUUACUUCUGAACUCGCGCUGUGGACCUGCAGGGUGGACUAUUUGAUCCUUUCUGACGGCAAUAGUAUCUCUGUAACAUCAUGCCUAAAAGGAAGUCUGCCGAAGGGGCUGGUGCCAAGGACGCCUCUAAAGUCACUAAGCAGGAGGUCGCUAAGCAGGAGGUCGCUAAGCAGGAGGUCGCUAAGCACGAGCCCACCAGACGGUCAGAGAGGUUGUCAUCGAAACCAGCUCCUCCCAAACCGGUUGAGGUCAAGCCUAAGAAGGCUAUCGCCAAGCCGGUGGACAAGGUGGACGACAAGGCCAUGAAGGGAAAGAAAGGAGGAGCUACGUUGAAGAGGGAGGAUGGCCCCUCCCAUAACCGACAGACUCUUACAGAGGAGACUGAGGCUGUGGGGGCGAGGUCUGACGAGGAGAAGGAAUGAGGAAAUUGGGGGUGUGUCGUUCUCUGACUUCUCCCAAACCGGUACCAUGGAAACAAAGAAAGGAUAUUUUUUUUACGAGGAUUUUGUAAAAUGCUGAAUUUUUUGGGUCCUGUGAUAUUAGCGAAGAUAAACCAACACCCCAUGUCCACACUCCUCCUUGCAGUUCUAUCACUCUCUUUUCCAAUUCUUUCCUCACUCUCUUCCAUUUUGUUGUUUUACUCCUCUCCCUCUCUUUCUCCUCUUCCUUUUCUUGAAAGACAGAAUGAAGUGACAUGUUUUAAAAAAAAUGGCUGCAACUAUUCUUCCUCUGGCAGUGGGAGGAGCCUCACAGGGUCACCAUUAUAAUGUGUCUCACGUCCUUUCUAAAUGAUGAUGUCAUAUCCUCUCUACUAAGAUAGCUCUUUUUGAUGACAUCACUAUAAAUUAAUUUGAUCUCCCGGCUAUGACAUCAGAGACCCAGGGGUCAAACAAACUAGGCUCCUAUGACAUCACAGGUGACCUUUGACCCUGAACUGAGGUGUUGCCAUGGAGAAUAUUUGCGGCUUUUUAAGCAGAUGUAGAAAAGUUUGAGAAUUGUCACUACUGUGUUUGAAACUGGCAGAGCAGUGGCAUAGCAAUAACUAGUGGUGUUUCAGUUCUAGAACGCUGUGGAUUCAAGAACCUCUCUGAGUUCCACCCUGCCUGGGAGAAAACAUUAUUUCGAAAUAAAAGCUGAAA